UGUCGACUAAACACCAACUUAAAGAAAAGGAAGAACCUAAACAAAAACGCUAUAAAGUAGGAAAAGCCUGUUAUACUUGUCGUGUAAAGAAGAUCAAGUGUGAUGGAAUACAGCCUUGUAUGCAGUGUAAAGCCAGAAAAAGACAAUGUACUUUUUCAAAAGAUGGUGCCAUGGAAAUACAAGCAGAGAACGAUUCGACAGAACAACAGCACUCUCCUUCAUCUACGAAUUCAAGACCUCCUUCACCUGCACCUAAAAAGAUACAAAGAGACCAAAAGCAAAUGAACGCUGCAAUACAAGUCUUGAAUCGUCUUAACAAAGCUUGGCCAGGGGAAGGCAAAGAAGGCAAAUGGGAAUUGGAUCAAAAUAAGUUACGACAUGAUAUGUACAACCUCGAACCAGCUGACAAUGAAAUCAACAAUAGCAGCUUAUUACCUGCCAGAUCUACGCAACAACGCCUUGUACAACUUUACUACAAGCAUUGUUAUUCUAUAUUUCCUAUUGUACCUAAGCGAUUAUUUUUGAAACAGUUUGAAUCACCUAUAAAGACAAACAAUCCUUUACCAAGCCCACUUCUAUUGUUGGUCAUGUUUGCGCAUGCUGCACAUCAAAACAAGGAGCAAGAAGAGGCUGAUGGAUAUUUUAGGUUGGCUAGGACUGCCUUAUUGGAUGACUAUGUAGAUAAACCUAGCUUAAGUACAGUGAUAUCCCUUGUAUUGAUGUGCUUAUAUGAAUCUGAAGACAAUGUGAAUCCUACUAUGUACAGUGCCUUGGCCUAUCAAAUGUGCUUGGAUCUCGAAUUAAUACGUAACUACAAUGGUAAUAUAGAAAGUGAUCUCAAGGAGCUGAGGAAAAGAGUUUGUUGGGGAUGCUAUAUAUUGGACAAAUUGAUGCAUAUCCAGUCUGGUCAACCUUGGUUCCUGAGGAGCAAGGAUAUUGAGUUGGAUAUGCCUCUUUUACUGCCAGGAGAUGAUGUGACUGAACAUGGCAUAUUGGAGAGCUUUGUAUCUGCCAUUCGUUUGUUGCAGAUUGCCGAACGUGUCUUACAGCCUGAAUCACUCCAUCAAGUUGGUCAGCCUAUUAUACGAACCCAUACGCAUGACCAAAUGUCAUUUGAUUCGAAAAAUGAACUCUUGCAAUGGCUUCGUUCUUUACCUUCACAUUUACAAUGGACUCCUUCUUUUUCUACUACUUAUGCCCCUACUACUUCAACACACACUUCUGCACCUGCUAAUGGUAUGGUAGCACACAUUCAUUUACUCUAUAAUUAUAUUGAAUUAUGCGUUCUUAAGCCCUAUGCUACUUCCACUGUCAAAUCUAUCCAUGCAAGGUCAGCAGCAGUGGCAUCUAACUUGACUCGAAUUGUUUCUUGCCUUGCAGAAAAUAGCUCAUGGAUACUUAAUCAUUCCUUUACAGUCAAUGGUCUAUUCGAAUCUAUCAAAAUCCAUCUAAGGGACUGUGCAUGUGAAAAUAUGAAUUUAGCUCGUCAUGCUCGGUUCAUGUUCCAACAAUCAAUGCAUACGCUCAAAUCCUUUUUAUCUGAGGCCAAAACAGAACAAGUUACAUAUCGCAUUGUUCAAUUUGUUACUCGACUUGACCAGGCUAUCAAUGAAGCAGAUACCAAUAGUAUGUUCUCAGACGAUAUCAUGACUCCCUUUGUUCUCGGCAGUUUAAAUACACGGUAUGGUGAGGAAGAGCGGCAACAAUGGUCUAAACUAGAUUAUUUUGCAAAUGGGCUAGUGACACCACCUACAGUCAAAUCCAAAUCUAUUCAGAUGUCUUCAACCAUGUUUGCUUCUCCUGCUUAUGGGCAUAAUAGUCUAUUUGAUCAGCAAGAAUUCUGGAAAAUCAGAAACAAUCCACUUGAUUUUUUAUCCAACUCAAACACAGUCGAGUCUUGGCGAAACUCAAACCACAAAUCACCUUCUGUAAAUAACUCGCCCAAGCCGCCUGCUUAUCACUCUGAUCUUUUAUUAAACCAGUCGCAUUCGACUGAUAUAGCUGCUCUUGUAGCACAGAUACAGGAUAAGAGUAAUACUUCAAAUGAAGAUUGGAGUACGUCCUCUUCUAAUACAACACCAAUAACAGCCACUACAUCAGCUCCUCCUAUAACAACUACAGCAGUAACUAGUACAACUACGACAACUGCUUCUUCUUCUACCACCUCUACAGAUCAAUCCGAAAAUGACAGUUUACUUUAUUCAUUAUUAUCACGCCAAACACCAACAAGAAGACCCAGCGAACAAAAGCAACAUAGUACUUUUGUUCAGCCUUAUAUGAAUGUCGGUUUAGGCAUAUAUGCAUCAGCACAUCAACACCACAACGAUGUCAUAAGACAACAUUUGCCUGUGACAACAAAUAGACCUGUAACUAUGACCACGCAACCACAAGAACCACAAUAAACAUUUAUAUUUUACCCAUAUAUAGCAAUAUUUAAAGUUUUUAUACGCG